AUGAAAGCAAAUGGUGAUUCUAGUUUGUGUUUGUGGAUUCUAAUCAUACUAGCUUCUUUUUAUACAACGAUUAAUGCCGUUGAGUCCGACAUCCGUUGCCUAACAUCCAUCAAAGAAUCUCUGGAAGACCCGGAAAAUGCAUUGUCUACCUGGGUUUUUAACCACACGACUCACGGUUUCAUCUGCCGAUUUACUGGUGUCGACUGCUGGCACCCUGACGAAGACAAGGUUCUGAACAUUAGGCUACCAGACAUGGGACUCAGAGGUUCAUUUCCAAUGGGCUUACAAAACUGCACCAGCAUGACCGGAUUAGAUCUUUCUGGCAACGACAUCUCAGGACCCAUUCCGUCUGACAUCAAAUAUGUUUUACCGUUGAUCACGUCUUUGGAUCUCUCCAACAACAAUCUCUCAGGUCCAAUCCCACUUGGCAUUGCCAAUUGCACCUACAUCCAUCUUCUGAGGCUUGACAAUAACCACCUAACAGGCCAAAUCCCUCCUGAAAUGGCUCAUCUUGGUCGCAUCAGGGAGUUUAGUGUCGCUAACAACGAUUUAUCAGGACCUGUACCUAUAUUUCAAGACAUUAGCAUCGUCUCUGCACAAAGCUAUGCAAACAACUUAGGACUUUGUGGAGGUCCCUUGGACGCCUGCGAACAUGAAGACCAUGACGAUCUCUUUCUUCGAGGGUUUGUGGUUGGAUUUCCUCUUUUUACAACCUUGACUACGUUGUUUUUGCUCUUACGUUCACCCGGCAUCAGCAACAUGUUAUCCUAUCUUCUUCCUAUCAAGAAAACAGAGAGAAGGUUGCAUCACCUGAUUCCAAGAAGCCCCCAAAUCCUAUUGGAAGAGGAAAGUAGCAGCGAUGAGGGAAAGGUGAAGUCCUCCCUCUCUCUUUCUCGCUCAUGUAGUUAUGUGUUUGACACACAGGUAAUGGCCAUGGAAAAGUUAAUCCGCCGAAUGAGUUUGGUGGAACUUGAAAUGGCCACCAAUGAGUUUAAUGAUAAAAACGUAAUUGGCCAUGGAAACAUAGGAGUCAUGUACAAGGGCGCGUUCAUAAACGGUUUGCUUCUUGCGGUCAAGAGGCUCCAUAGGUUUGAGAGCUUAGAGAAAGAGUUCUUAACAGAAAUCAAAAUUUUAGGAAGAUUGCGGCAGACAAACUUAGUACCACUUGUAGGGUUUUGCUUUGAAAUGGAGAAGAAAUUUCUGGUAUACAAAUACAUGUGUAAYGGAACCCUUCAUCAUUGGCUACAUUGUGUGGAGGAUMGGAAGAUGGRAUGGGSUUUAAGGUUGAAGAUAGCAGUSGGGAUAGCAMGAGGGCUURCUUGGYUGCACCACAACAACGUCCUCCGGGUCGCCCAUCUCAAAAUCAACUCAAAAUGCAUCUUACUAGAUGAAAACUUCGAKCCCAAGAUAUCUAACUUUGGUGACGCCAYGAUCUUGAUGGAUGCAAGUACCGACUCCCAGCUUUUUAGYGKUUGCARUUUUGYGGUUYCAGAUUCUAGUCYUURUAAGGAGGAUGUUUAUAGCUUCGGGAUUUUGUUGCUYGAGUUGGUUACUGGUACAGAACCACUAUAUACAUGGAUCAACUCUACAACCGACUAUGUGAUUGAUGAAUGCUUAAUGGGACAAGGAUUCAAUGAAGAAAUCCAUGAAAUCRUUAGAAUCGCAGAAAACUGCAUUCAYCGCCACAGAGAUGACGCGACAAGCAUACUUCAAGUGUAUCAAGAAAUGCGUUCGAUAGGGAUAUCAAGAAAUGAAAUUUCCGUCACCAUUCAURGAGAAGAACAUAAUGAGGGAGAUUACSACRAUCUUACAAUUUAAAUSUUAUACCCGACACCAUGUUGAAGGCCGGAAAGACCRAGCAAGUUGAAGUUUCGAUUUCCCUGACUAAACUUUGCUGAAUGCCCCAGAAGCAGCUUAUGGUUUUGGCUGAAUUCACUAGCAAAUUCAGCUGUUGAUCAGCAGAUGAUAAUGAAGAUUUUGGUUUAUAUCCCCUUCUCACAUGAUUAUAUACACACAC